AUGUCGCCGCGCCUAGGAGGGCUGAUCCCUCUUUCCACCUCCCUAUGGGGAGCACCACUCGUUACACCACUCAUGCCGAUUCGCAACUUCGGCAUCCGCUCCCUCAACCCGCCGAAACCCAGCCGCUUCAACAUCGGGCCGGGCCUCCCAGUCCUCGAGUCCACAUCGACAGCGGCACUGCGGCGCAAAGCCAACUCGCUGCCACUCCGGUCCGGAGCCAUUGCAAUCAAAAAGGGCAUGACAGCCAUCUUCGACCCGGAGACGGGAAAGCGCACGCCCUGCACCGUUCUGCAGCUCGAUCGUGUCGAGGUCGUCUCGCACAAGACCCGCGAGAGACACGGAUACUACGCUGUGCAGGUUGGUGCGGGCUGGAAACAUCCUAGUAAUGUGCCGAGGGCGAUGCUGGGGCAUUUUUCGGUUAAUGGGCUUUCGCCGAAGAGACAUAUCUUUGAGUUUAGGGUCAAGGGGGAGGAGGGCUUGUUGCCUGUUGGACAGAGUAUUGAGGCGGGCUGGUUCCAGGAGGGCCAGUUCGUUGAUGCUAGAUCUAAUACUAAGGGUAAGGGGUUCGCUGGUGUCAUGAAGAGACAUGGGUUCCAUGGUCAGGAUCGCUCUCAUGGUGUUAGUUUGACGCAUCGCUCCAUGGGUUCGUCGGGUCCGGGUCAGGGUGGUGGUUCGCGUGUUUACCCCGGGAAGAAGAUGGCGGGGAAUAUGGGGAAUCAGCAGAAUACGGUGCAGAAUUUGAAGAUUCUCAAGGUUGAUUCGGAGAAUGGUAUUGUUGUUGUCAGCGGUGCUGUCAGUGGUCCCAAGGGCUGUGUUGUGAGAAUCCAGGAUGCGAUCAAGAAGCCAUGGCCGGAAGUGCCAGCUGCUGAGCCUGCUGCGGAAGCUGCUGCUUGA